ACCAUGAAUUACGUUGGACAGUUAGCAGGGCAAGUGUUUGUGACUGUGAAGGAGCUCUAUAAGGGACUAAACCCAGCCACGUUGUCGGGAUGUAUAGAUAUAAUUGUUGUACGUCAGCCAGAUGGAAAUCUUCAGUGUUCUCCUUUCCAUGUACGCUUUGGGAAAAUGGGAGUCCUACGUUCUAGGGAGAAAGUGGUUGACAUAGAAAUUAAUGGAGAGGCUGUAGAUUUGCACAUGAAACUAGGAGAUAAUGGAGAGGCCUUUUUUGUGCAGGAGAUGGAUAAUGACCAGGAGGUAAUUCCUUAUCAUCUCUCCACAUCUCCCAUUCUGUCUGAGGGAACUGCUUUAAUGGAAGCUCAGCUGAAGAGGAACUCCAUAGAUAGGAGAAGAAGCCUGGACACAAGUGCAUCCUUACAAGUACUGCCCCAACCCCACGGAUCCCAGCCUUCUACGGAAGCAUCUCUAGUCUGUAGCUCUGUGAAAAAAAGGAGGAAAAAGAGGAGGAAGUCUACCCAUAAAAUAGACAGCUUAAAAAGAGAAGACAAUGGAGAUACAUCAGAAGAUGAAGACGUGUUUCCUAUAGAGAUUAGCUCAGAGGAAGAAAAAGAACCACUGGAGAAUUCAAGGAUCCCUGUUCCAGAUGUGUUAGUUGAUGAAGUAUCUGACAUCAAGGCUCCUGCAGUUUCUACGUUUUCUCAGUCUGCAUCUUACCCUCAUUCAGAUGGAGAAUGGUCACCUAUUCAAAGUAAGCCUAUAGAUUGCACAGGGCAAUCCUCUCUUCUCACUGUUCCAGCAGAUGGAGGCCUAUCUAGCUCUUGUCCUCAACAGUCUUCUCACUUUUCUCCUCCAGACAGUCCAUCAGGUUCACGCCCUCCUACUCCUAUAAGUGACUCAGAAUUAGUCAGUAAACCUACAGACAGAAGUGGACUGAAGAAUAAUCCCCACAUGCACUGGGCCUGGGGAGAGCUACCCCAGGCUGCAAAGGCCAGUUCUCUUGUCAAAGCAAAGGAACCCAGUGUGGUGGAUGUAAAUCCUUCUGAAAGUACUCACUUUCGGGUCAUCCAGAGUUCUACAGAGGAGUUUAACGCUGUGCCUCCUCUGCCUGACCUUGGACAAGCAGAUGCAGCAGCUGCUGAUGAAAGUGAGCCCUUACCACCUGAGACAAGUAAGCCAGAGGUAGAGUCUCCAGGAGCAGCUGUACCACUGUUGCCUGCCAAUGAAGAAAUAAAACAAGCUGCAGCUUGCUCAGCCCAACCAGCUGGCAAGACAGAUUCCCCUUCCAGAAAGAAAGACAAACGAAGCCGGCAUCUUGGUGCUGAUGGUGUCUAUUUAGAUGACCUCACUGACAUGGAUCCAGAAGUUGCUGCACUUUAUUUCCCCAAGAAUGGGGAUACUGUCCAAAGCAAAAACACGAAUGACACGGGGCCUUGGUCCACCAGCCAGUCUCCGCAGUCUGUUGGGAGCUCAGGUGUUGACAGUGGAGUUGAAAGCACCUCAGAUGGAAUUCGAGAUUUGCCCUCCAUUGCCAUUUCUCUCUGUGGAGGCCUUACUGACAACAAAGAAAUAACCAAAGAAGAAUUCCUAGCACAUGCAGUAACAUAUCAGCAAUUUGUGGACAAUCCUGCUAUCAUUGAUGACCCUAACCUUGUGGUUAAGAUUGGAAAUAAGUACUACAACUGGACGACAGCUGGUCCCCUUCUGCUGGCAAUGCAGGCAUUCCAGAAACCUUUGCCAAAGGCCACUGUGGAAUCUAUAAUGAGGGACAAGAUGCCCAAAAAAGGUGGAAGGUGGUGGUUUUCAUGGCGAGGAAGGAACAGUACUAUUAAAGAGGAAACAAAGCCAGAGCAAGGUAUGAGUGGGGGUGGACUUACAGAAGACUCUUCACAGAUGAGUAUGGCAAACAGAAUAAAAGAUGAAUCUUCUUCAAGCGAUGAAGACCCAAGAGCUGCCAAACAAAACCUCGGGUCAUUACAAACCAACUCAAGUCAUCUCUCAUUAUUGUCUGGAAUCAGUUACAAAAAAACGCUUCGACUCACUUCUGACCAGCUUAAAAGCUUAAAGCUCAAGAAUGGCCCCAAUGACGUGACCUUUAGUGUUACAACACAGUAUCAAGGCCCCUGCCGCUGUGAAGGCACUAUUUACCUGUGGAAUUGGGACGAUAAAGUUAUUAUUUCUGACAUUGAUGGAACAAUCACACGGUCGGAUACUUUAGGUCAUAUUUUGCCGACUCUUGGCAAAGACUGGACACACCAAGGGAUUGCAAAGUUGUACCAUAAAGUGAGCCAGUGA